AUGAGAGGAACUACGAGCGUCGUCCAGUCGUCACGUUGUCAACGACUCUUCCUGCUGGUCCUCGCGCUGUCGGCAUGCGCCAACGCGGAAAUCGAGAGACGCACCUCGAGGCAGAUGGUGGAGGAGACGUCGGAGAAUUUGGCGCCGAAUCUCAACAAGGACUGCGGCAAGUCGUACAGUGCCACGUGCCUCAAGCUGGACGUGGUGUCCUUCUUGGAUAAACUGUCGGAGCAGGAGGACAUCGGUAUCCUGCCGGGUGUAUCUGUGAUCAAGGAGAACGGCUCCGCGGAUGUCCCGACCUCGGAGGUGGUCGCCAAUCUGGCGAGGGACUUCCCGAAUGACGUCGAGAAGAGGCUGGACGCGUACCUGGUCCACAAGGUCGGCAGCUACCUUAACAGCCAUUCGAUCUCCAUCAAGCUCUUCGACCCGAAGACCUUCGAGGCCGCCAGGAGCUUCAACGAGGAGACGCUCGCGCAGCUCGGCUUGGCCGGCAAUCAGAAUGUCGAGACAGGACGUCGAAAACAGGACAAAGGCGGCCACGGCGCCCUGAUGGCGGGCCUGAUGAUGAUGAAGGGUACCCUCGGCGCGGUGGGAUUCGGUGCGCUAGCCCUCCUCGCCGGCAAGGCCCUGAUGACCGGCCUGAUGGCGCUGAUGCUGUCCGCGAUCAUCGGGCUGAAGUCGUUGGCGGGCGGCGGCGAGAAGAAGACCACCUACGAGAUCGUCAGCAAGCCGGUGUAUUCCAGCUCGCACACGCACAGCUCGGAAGAGCAUCACGGCCACGGCUACGGCCACUCCGGAUACGGCAGAUCCCUCGACACCGUGCACGACUCCCUGCAGCAGGCCGUGCUCAAGUACGGCAACGCGCGCGAUCGCAGAUCGAUCCUGCACAAUUAA